GGUGUUCUCACCACAUAAACGCCAUCAGCCAAAGAGUCCGGACCGUGUGUGCGUGCGUGCGUGUGUCCGUCGGUCGUCAUCGAUUCCAGCGCGAGCCCUUUCGAUGGGCAGCAGCACCGCCGUCGUUGCGUUGGUUUUUUUCGCGAAAGGUGUUUAAUUCGUGUACAGCUGAAAAGAAGCGAACCAAAGGAAACGGGACGCGGACACUAUUUUUAAGAACGCGCUUCCCCAAACGUGGCUGUUACGCAAAAGGAAAGAAAAAGAGAUAUUAGGCAGGAUUGUUUAAGGUAAGAACAAACAAACAGUGGCCUAAUAGCAGAAGCAGCAGUCGCAGCAGCAAAAACAACAACUUUCUUUCAAACACAAAAAAAAAAACAAACAAGAAGAAGAAAGCGCACGCAACAACCAGUGGGAACAGGAAGGAGCAGAAGAAGCAGAAGCAGCCGCAGCAAAAGUCCGAACUCGGAAGUGUCGUCAAUUGCGUUAUCGUCGAAUUUGUCGUCAUCGUCGUCGUCCGUGUGUUCAAGUGAGAGAUUUUGUGGGUGUUUCGUCGUCGUUGAACCGGAUUCGGAUUUUGCAGCCGCGCGCGCGUCCUCACAAGCCAAGGAGCAGGUCUCUGGAGUUGUGCGUUUCGUCAGUAUUUUACCUUUGAGAGGAAUUUGCUAGGAGUAGAACCGAUGGCAUCGGUUGGGGUGUUUUCCUUCCCGAGUGCCCUCGCCGGUGGCAGUGCCACGGGGGGUGGCAGCCAGGUUCCGGCGCCGCUGUCUCCGGUUGCGACGUCAAUUUCCAGCAGUCCCGAAACGUCACCGUCGCCGCCACCGUCUGCUGUGGCAAGUCCGCCGACGCCGCCCCCGCCGGCCUCCCCUACGCCGGAGAUGUCCCCACCGUUGGUGGUGCGACCGCCGACCCCGCCCAUGUCCGGCCCGGCCGGCCUGUUUGCCGACGCGUUCAAGCUGGUCGCGGACAGCUCGAUGCCGUUCGACGAGCUGGAUUCGAACGCUAGCGUCGGUGGAGGACGCGGUGGGCCCGGAAGUGUUGGAGCGCCCGAGUCGGUCAACGGCGGCGGAAGCAGCGCCGGUGGGUACCCGCUCGAUGUGGGCGGUUCGCUGUCCGACUGUAUGGAGCAGGACUGUUCGCUGUGCCAGAACAAGUUUAUCUCGCCGCGUGUCCUCGCCUGUCUGCACGUGUUCUGUGAGACAUGUCUGGAGAAGCACCUGGGAGAUGCGGACGAGCUGAAGAAGCUGGAGGGAUUGAUCGAGUGUCCGACGUGCAAGCAGCCGACCAAGGUUGGCACCAAGGGCAUCGGUGCGCUGCACCAGGACUACGUCCUGACGAACGUGCUGGAUCUGUCCACGAUCGAGCCGUCGAUGUUGGCGUGCACGUCCUGCAAGAGCAAGGAGAUGGCCAUUUCGCGCUGCAACGAUUGCGCCAACUUUUUGUGCGCCAGCUGUGACAACGCUCACCGGUACAUGCGUUGCUUCGAGGACCACAAAGUGGUUCAGCUGGAGGAUCUGCGCAAGUCGUCGGAGAAGGUGGCCAUCCACAAGCCGCUGUACUGCAGCGUCCAUCCGCCGGAGAACCUCAAGUACUUUUGCUUCAACUGUCAGAUUCCGGUGUGCAACGAGUGCUUGAUUGGUGAGCACAAGGGCAAGGAACACAACUAUCAGAUCAUCAGCGAAGCGGAGAAGCCGAUGCGGUUGGAGCUGGAGCAGUUGAUGAAGGAGGCUCGCACCAAGAUCGAGUACUGCAACCAAACGACGACCAACCUGGAUGCGUCGCUGCACGAUCUGCAGAACCAGUUCGAGACGGCGCGUGAUUUGAUCAACGAGUCGUUCCAGAGCUUCAAGGCCGUGCUGGAAAAGUGUCGCGACAACGCGCUCAAGAAUCUCGAGAAGCUGCACUCGGAGCGUGAGCUCAAGAUCAUGGAGAUGUUCCACCAGGUGGAAAAGUCGUCGGACAAGAUUGAAAACACGGCCAAGUUCACCAAGAAGGUGCUGGAUCAAGCCAAUGGUCCCGAGCUGCUCAGCCUGAAGAAGAUGAUCGCGGCCCAGUUUGCCAGUCUGAUCGGGUCGACGCCCAAGGUGGACGUCAACUUUUCGCUCGAGUUCCAAACCAGCUUUGAGAAGUUUGACCAGAUUGCGGCCGAGUUGUUCGGUUCGUUCCGCACGGAGAUUACUCCGCCAAGCCCGAAGGAGACUACUCCGCCGCCGUCGCUGCCCGGGAUGGCCAUCAUGAUCAACAAGCCGCCAACCAACGGCACAGGUCUGUCGCAGGGUCCGCUGACCGGUUCCGUCACUGCCUCGAGCCCGAUCUCGUUGCCAACAUCGAUGCAGUCAUCGUUCGACGGUGACAUGUCCAACCUGGGCGCCAGCUACAUGCUGCCGCACGUGCUCACUCCGGAACCACCAGCAUCGACUCCGAUUGCCAAUCCGCACAUCGCGGCCGCUGCGCCAGCAACCGUCGGAGGAUCGGCCUCGCUGCCCGGUCUCACCAGCAUCGCCGAGUACAAUCUGCACCGGCUGGCGAACCUUGCCGAAACCGCAAACGACAUCGUUCCGGAUGCCAUCGUCCCGGUCAACAGCGCUGCCGCCCCGAAUCCCAACUUUACGCUGGCGGAUUUGAUCUCUGGCGAUCAGAAUGCGUUCCAGGCACUGGCCAAGUACGGCCUGAACAACCCGGAACUGCAGCCGGGACCGAUGAUGCCCCCGCACCCGAACAUGGACCAACAGCUGCUGCUGAACGACUUCUCCGGACUGCCGGGUGGUCCGGCAUCGACCAUGCUUCCAACUUCCCCCAUGUCGAUGGACGGAUCGUCGCUGGCCGGCGAUAUGGCCGGUGCCAUGAGCCGAUUCCAGGUGAACGGCCGCACCAAGGCCACUCCGAUGCAGAUCCGGUGCAAGUUUGGCUCGCUUGGCCAGACCAAGGGCCAGUUCAACUCGCCGCACGGCUUCUGUCUGGGCGUUGACGAGGAGAUUGUCGUCGCCGACACCAACAACCACCGCAUCGAGAUCUUCGAGAAGAACGGCACGUUCAAGUUCUCGUUUGGCGUGCCCGGUAAGGAGGAAGGCCAGCUGUUCUACCCCCGAAAGGUAGCUGUGAUGCGAUCCAGCGCCAAGUUUGUCGUUUGCGAUCGCGGAAACGAACGCUCGCGCAUGCAGAUCUUCUCCAAGAACGGACACUUUAUCAAGAAGAUCGCCAUUCGCUACAUCGACAUCGUGGCCGGACUGGCAGUCACCAACAAGGGGCUGAUCGUCGCCGUGGACAGCGUCUCGCCGACCGUGUUCAUCAUCUCGGAGGACGGCAACCUGAUUCACUGGUUCGACUGCAGCGACUUUAUGCGCGAGCCGUCCGACAUUGCAAUCAAUGGUUCCGACUUUUACGUGUGCGACUUCAAGGGCCACUGCGUGGCCGUGUUCUCCGAGGAGGGUACGUUCAAGUAUCGUAUCGGCAGCGAGAAGGUUACCUGCUUCCCGAAUGGUAUCGACAUCUCGGACGCCGGCGACGUGCUGAUCGGCGACUCGCACGGCAACCGCUUCCACGUGGCGUGCUACAGCAAGGACGGCCAGCUGCAGUCCGAGUACGAGUGUCCGUACGUAAAGGUAUCGCGCUGCUGCGGUCUCAAAAUCACCUCCGAGGGGUACGUCGUCACGUUGGCCAAAAAUAAUCAUCACGUGCUCGUACUCAACACCCUCUACAUUCAGUGAUUGACCGCCGGAGCUAGAAUCCUUAAGCCGAAUCGCUAAGCACCAAGUAAGUACCCGCCCGCCCGUCACAAAGAGAAAGAGAUAAAAACGCCCCCAAUAAGUUCUGCUCAGCACGGCUCAAAGCUGUGUGCGCACCGUGGCCACCAUCUGUAACCCUUACAGAGAGAGAGAAGGAGAUCGAGCUGUGUACUACCAGCUAAAAGCUGAAACAACAACAACAAACGUCUUUCUUUCGUCUCCAAGAAAGAGGCCACCAAACAAAGCGUACACACCAGGGAGAAUGAAGGAAAGAUAAGGGAAAACGAAAGAUAUUACGUUGUUUUACCAAUAUUAUUACUAUUUUAAUUUUUCCUUUUUAUCAACACUAUUUACAAUUUUAUUCUUAAAAUUACGCUAUUUUAAACAAUAUUUAUUAUCGAAAAC